AUGUCGGUUUUGGGUAACCACAGCCACAACACGGACUGUCUCAACGUGGGCAAUGCCUCGGAGCAAGCUGCUUUUAUGAAACAUCGGAGGGAGGAACUGCAGCAUAUCUACAAGGUCUACUACGGUCUAAUACCAUUCCCUCUGGGUGUGGUUGCUUUGGCAUGUGCUACACUGUACUCUGUCGCUUGUUUUAGAGCGAUUAGAGCUCACAGAGUCAGUAGGAAGAGUUAUGUUUUACUGCUGAAUAGGAGUUUGGGCGACAUAUCUACAUGCAUAUGGUCGUUUGUGAUAUGUGCGUAUGUUCAUGCCGUCGAGUAUCCGAGGUAAGUUUUUUUCCAGUGGCUACUGAUAAUCUACAACUUUAUAUAAUAUCGUAGCUAAACUUUUAACACCAAUAUCAUUCUGUAUUGCAGCCCCGAGAUCGUCCAAGUCAUCGACUCAGUCUUCAUGGGCUGUUUCUGGGCUGGCAUGACAUCGUAUGUCGCUCUCAGUUUCCUCAAAUUCUACGCCGUAGCUCGGCCUCUAGACUACCGUAAUAACAUCACGAUGCGACGAUGUAUCUACCUGAUAUGUUUAUCGUGGUUCAUAUUCUUUGUCAUGGUCUGUUACUCGGUGGGUGCUAGUGCUUUGUCCAACAUCGAAAGCCUACGGGAUUGGUCAGGUUGUCGCAAGGAAACCUGCCAGAGAAGCUUCUACAGGUUCAGGAAUACCUGUGUUUGCGUGGUAUAUUGCUCUACGUUAGUGUGUUUUGCUGGCACUGGUAGGUUACUUGGAUAUUUACUUCAGGAACAGUUUAAAAUUUGAUAUCAACAUUGAAGAAGUCGUAUAUUAUAGUAGUUUUCAUUCGAAAUCGAACAGUGUCGAUAUUAUAGUCAAUCACUUCUUUUUUUAAAUUUACCAUAUCAUUAUGUUACAGUAAUCCUCAUCAAACGCCACCAACGCUUCACCAGGAUCCACAGUCGCAAAGCCGAGAACACUGAGCAAGUUGGAACCAAGCCCAACAAGAAAAAGCUCAGAGAUCGCUUUCCCUUGUGGAAGUUGGCCGUCAACGUGUGUACCUUUGCCAUUUUUGAUGUGUUCUACGUGAUCUGGGGAGCGUCGCUUCUGAUCGGCGCUGACAAAUGCUUUUAUAUGCGAAAUUUUACCAAAAUGGCAUGGUUAUUGUCGUUUCUACAUCUGAGUAUUCUGUUUAGAAUCAUUCUGGAUCCAUGUAUUGCCUUCUUCGUUGAUAUUCCAGUAAGUUUUUGAGUGAAAGAGCUAUAUUAUGUUAUAUUGCUUUGAAAAGAAGUAGUACUUCGAGUACUAAAGCAAAAAUUACUCAUAAAUUUAUCGAAUUUCAGAUAAGACGCUCCAUGCUACAAGUCCUCGGCCUACAAGACUACCUCAAAUCCCGAAAAGCAGCCAAACUGGAAUACAACUCUUCAGAAACUCCAGCUCGUACCGCUAGUACCAGUAAUUCGAAUAAUACUCGGAACUCCACUGUACGAACACGUCUUGGCUCUCUCACAUGA